GCCUGAAUUAGCUAGCGACAGUCCGGCUUACACACAGCUUGGCGUGCUGCCCGUCUGCUUCAGCAAAAAGACAUUCUAACAAGCAGGCGGGAGAAAAAAGGCAGGGGCGCUGGAAUCAGCCGUCAGCUGUUCGGAAGCAGGGGCAAAAUCUACAAAUAGCUAUCCUCUUCAGGCAGUGGGGGCUGGCCGCCGGUCACCACCUUGCUGGCCAAUUUGGAGCUCCAAGCACCACCGCCCAAAGCAUCCUGUAAGUGACACCGAUCUAAUUAAUUCAUGACUCCCCCGGGCCGGCUCUGCGUCUGCCGGCCUGGAAAGCAAGGCGGCCCCGGGCGGAAUAGAACUGCGCAUAGCCACUUCUUCCAGAGGCGCUGCUGGCUAUCAAUCACCCCUCCAGUCCACAGAGCAGGCCGGGGAGAGACAGGCGGAGGAAAUAAGAUGGCGUGGGCGCUGCAUCCCCUCUGCUGGCGCAGGGGCUCUGCCUUCCUGCUGUCUUACUCCCGAGCUGCCAUGAGCCAGUUAAUCGAGGCCACCACCGAACCCCCGAAAAAGAAACCGGACCCUGUCACGUCAGAGACCGUGGUGUUCUGGGGGCUACGCCUCUGGCAGGUGAUUGGAAUCUUUGCCAUCUUUGUCCUGGGAGUCAUUAUAACCCUGUGCUGUAUUUUCAAGUGCCGGAUUCCCCGGACGAAGAAAGAGAUCGAGGCCCGGUACGCACAGCGGCAGGCAGCCAAGACGUAUGCCGACAAACUGGAGACGGUGCCGCCGCUCAACGAGCUGACGGAGAUCCCUGGAGCUCAUGUGGCAGAAGAGAAGAAAGAGGAGGUGCCCACAGUCUCAGGGAAAGUAGACAAAGCCCAAGGCAAGAAGGACAGUUCCAAGGGAUCCAAGAAGACAGAAGGCAAAAAGGAGCAGAAAGAAGGGUCCAAGAAAGAGGGAAAAGAUGGGACCAGAAAGAAGGAAGGAGGAAAAGGGGCAGCUGAAAAGAAGCAAGGAGGUGGGAGGAAGGACCAGAAAGAGCCGGCGAGAGCUAAGGCAGGAGGCAGCGCCAAGGCUGGUGGCAAAGCCGGGGGGAAUGCCAAGUCCACAGCAAGGAAAGCCCAGCAGAAGAAGUGA